UACAGUACAAGUUAAAACAGUGAACCUUCUACUUUCAUUUUCGAUUUGAUUGAGGACGAACUUUGAUCACAAUGUUGUCAGGUAGACUAGCAGUUGUAACAGGUGCUGGGAGUGGCAUUGGGAGAGCAGUAUGCCGGGUGUUUGCAUCUGAAGGAGCAACUGUUAUUGGUGCUGACAUGAAUGAGAAGGGAAUGGAAGAGACGCUAUCCAUGAUCAAGGACACAGGUGACCAUCAGUCCUAUCAGUGCGAUGUAUCAAGCUCAGCGUCUGUCAACAAUUUACUGGACAAAAUUAAAGAGAAGUACUCCUCAGCUCCUCAGGUAGCAGUGAACUCAGCGGGUAUUACGAGGGACAGGACAAUGAUGAAACUUACAGAGGAAGACUUCGAUAAAGUCGUCAAUGUUAAUCUCAAGGGAACUUGGCUGUUGAACAAGGCUGUAGGUAAAGCUAUGCUGACAAACAAAGUGCAAGGCUCCAUUGUCAACAUAUCAAGUCUUGUAGGCAAGACAGGUAAUAUAGGACAAACCAAUUAUGCUGCCUCAAAGGCUGGAGUGAUAGGAAUCACCAAGUCCAUGGCAAAGGAAAUGGGGAAGUUUAACAUCAGGGUGAAUGCAGUGUUACCUGGUUUUAUUGAGACCCCCAUGACUGAGACAGUUCCAGAAAAUCUAAUGCAAAUGACCAAAUUGUUGAUUCCAUUGGGCCGCCUAGGAAACCCAGAAGAAAUAGCAAACACUUGUGCUUUCCUAGCCUCUGACAAGAGCAGCUAUAUAACUGGUGCUACCAUUGAGGUUACAGGUGGUCUUUUUAUGUAAAACAAAGUGAAGAGUCAGAGUGUAAGUUGUUAAAAAAAACAUCAAGUCUGUGAUAUAAAUACAAAGUCAUAAAGAUAUGCGAAACAAUGGCACAAUAGAUGAAUUUACUGAUCACAGUGGUUUUUAGUGAUUAUUGGGACAUCUGUGUAUCUGGGAUGGCUAGUCUAGCUGGGGAUGGUCCUGGACAGGAAUGGUGCUGAAGGAGGUUGGGAUCCUUAUCUCGGCUAGGAAUUUGAUGGAGGAGUAGGGAUCUUCAUCCUUUUUGACUGGUUUCUUUUUUACUGUACAAAGGAGAAUUGAAAAACAAAUAAGCAAAAAUCUUGUAAUAAAAUUAAAAAAAGCAAUGACAUAUUUGUAUUUGAACUACAGCUGUAUUUGAUUGCAGAACAUUACUGCAUUUAAGUGAUAUAUUUAUUGUACUAUAAAAACUUUACCAGGGUACUUAUAAAAAUUCAAUGAUGUUAACUAUGCCAACCAUAUGAUACAAUACAAUGAUGUUAGCUAUGCCAAUUAUAUGAUAGAAUACAAUGAUGAUAGCUAUGUCAAUCAUAUGAUAGAAUACAAUGAUGAUAGCUAUGUCAAUCGUAUGAUACAAUACAAUGAUGUUAGCUAUGCCAAUCAUAUGUUGAAUCCGAUAAUGUUAGCUAUGCCAAUUAUAUGAUAGAAUACAAUGAUGAUAGCUAUGUCAAUUGUAUGAUAGAAUACAAUGAUGAUAGCUAUGUCAAUUGUAUGAUAGAAUACAAUAAUGUUGGCUAUGCCAAUCAUAUGUAAGAAUACAAUCAUGUUAGCUAUGCCAAUCAUAUGUUGAAUCCGAUAAUGUUAGCUAUGCCAAUUAUAUGAAAGAAUACAAUGAUGUUAGCUAUGCCAAUCAUAUGUAAGAAGACAAUGAUGUUAGCUAUGCCAAUCAUAUCAUAGAAUACAAUGAUGUUAGCUUUGCCGAUCAUAUGUAAGAAUACAAUGUUGUUAGCUAUGCCAAUCAUAUGUAAGAAUACAAUGAUGUUAGCUAUGCCAAUCAUAUGUUGAAUCCAAUGAUGUUAGCUAUGCCAAUCAUAUGUUAAAUACAAUGAUGUUAGUUAUGCCAAUCAAAUGAUAGAAUACAAUAGAUGUUAGCUAUGCCAAUUAUAUGGUAGAAUACUAUAAUGUUAGCUAUGCCAAUCAUAUGUUGUCACACAACAUUGUUAAUAAGACACAGGAUAUGAACUACCUCAGCCUGUAAUUGUGAGAAACAAUCCUUUUCUUUGGUACCUGUAUAUUGAUUAUAUCCACUGUUUCAAUGACAUCAUCUUUUGGGGGACCAUUGCAUAUACAAUGUAUUUUAAUAAAUGUACUACAGUUUUUGUGAGAUACG